GCGGCGAACGCGACGCGUCGUUGUUGCCGGUUCCGCCGCAGUGUCGGUUGACGGAGCCGCGAAUUCGUACGAAUUUGGAUUCGCGCGCCUGUUCCCGAAACAUCCACUUUUCGUGUGUGUCAGCUUAAAUUUCAAAUUUUAUUGUUUACAAAAAUAUAAAAACGUCACCACGCAAGUGCACGCCGGCAGACAUAAACUGUACGCAACGUAUAUUGUCGAGAACUGUUUGGCGUUUAAACUGUUGCGGGAUGUAGUUUAAAACGACACAGAUGGUUUUGAAAAAGGGGGCCCUAGCAAGAUAAGAAAACGAUGCCACACACGUAAAUUAUUGGCUCCUCUCCGGUGGGUGAGACAUCCCCUGCGAGAAUGACGCUGCAGUGGGAAAAACUUUCACCGCAGGAGUUCCAACAGUUGCAAGACUUAGCCGAGUAUGCAAAUAAGAAAUUGCAAGAUGUUUUGGUGGAGUUUUGUGGCACAGGACCCCCUUACAAACAUAAUCCUGAUGGGGAGAUCGACUUACAAGGGUUCUGCGAAUUUCUGGACAUGUAUUUGGAAAUCGAGGCGCCUAGAGAACUAUGCAAACAUCUGUUUCUCUCCUUUGUGCGGAAGAGCGUGAAAGUGGAAGGUAAAGCGUUUAAGGAGAUGACGGUACUCAGUUCAACAACGGCUUGUGCUCCUAUAACAUCGCAUAAUAAAGGGUCGACACCGAAUGUGAACGCAGUCGGAGAUUUGAGCAGCAUCGCUGAGAAGCCGAAGUCGUUUGUCGAAAGGAUACAAGGACUUGGGGAGAGUUUAUUAGGACAUCAUAGAUCAGACAGCGAUUGCUCGACUAGAGGGAAAACCGGCACUGUCCAUCCGAUGCUGACAAUAACCCACACUUCGUAUUCCUGUCACGAAACCGUCGGCAAAAAAAGCACGGACACGUCGCCCUCCCACAGUCAGAUCUCCCGGAAUUCUUCGAAAAAAUCGAACAAUUCGCUCCUGGUAAACAACGGAAAAUUUGAAGAAGUACGCCACCUCGUGGAGAAUUCCCUCGAUGUAAACUCGCUGAAAGUGUCAUUAAAAGACAUCGUUUGUUACUUAUCUUUGCUGGAAGCGGGACGACCGGAAGACAAGUUGGAAUUUAUGUUCCGGCUCUAUGAUAGUGACGACAAUGGUUACCUAGAUAAAACGGAAGUGGAUAGCAUUGUCAACCAGAUGAUGACUGUCGCUGAAUAUCUGGGUUGGGACGUAUCCGAAUUAAAGCCUAUCCUCCAGGACAUGAUGGUCGAAAUCGACUUCAACAAGGACGGUCUCGUGUCCCUCGAGGAAUGGAAAAGGGGAGGAUUAACCACAAUUCCCUUGCUCGUCCUGUUGGGUCUCGAUUCAAAUGUUAAAGAAGAUGGCAAACACUUGUGGCGACUGAAACAUUUUAGUAGACCUGCCUACUGUAACUUGUGUUUGAAUAUGCUGGUCGGGUUAGGCAAAAAGGGUCUUUGUUGUAUUUUUUGUAAAUACACCGUCCAUGAACGUUGCGUUGCCAGAGCUCCUGCCAGCUGCAUAGCAACGUACGUCAAAAGUAAAAAAUCAUCGCAAACCCUCCUCCACCACUGGGUAGAGGGAAAUUGCCACGGAAAAUGCGGCAGGUGUCGGAAACCCGUAAAGGCUGGAGUUACCGGAUUACACUGUAGAUGGUGUCAGAUUACCCUUCAUAAUAAGUGUGUAUCCCAAGUGAAAGCAGAAUGCGGCCUCGGGGAACACGCUGUCCACAUUUUGCCACCCACCGCCAUUUGUCCCAUCGUUUUGGAUCGCCAAAGAUCGUUACAAAAACGUGGGUCCAGAUACGGUCCGGAUAACAGUUCCUUAUCGCAGACGAAGCAUCCAGCGAUGUCGUUUCAGAUCACCCCGUCCUCAACCUCUAUACCUCUUUUAGUAUUUAUUAAUCCGAAAUCUGGUGGUCGGCAAGGUUACAAAAUUUUGAGAAAAUUUCAAUACAUCUUGAAUCCCCGACAAGUGCAUGUUCUCGGGAAAGGCUGUAACCCCAUCCAAGGGUUUAGUAUGUUUAAGGAUGUACCAAGUUUCAAGGUCGUAUGCUGUGGAGGUGAUGGUACCGUUGGUUGGGUACUGGAUUCGAUGGAUAAAAUUGAUCUCGAAUGUCAGCCGUCGGUAGCUGUCAUUCCAUUAGGUACCGGUAACGAUCUAGCUCGAUGUUUAAGAUGGGGUGGUGGUUACGAGGGCGAAUCUGUUCACAAAUUGCUCCACAAAAUCGCCAGAGCUUCUACCGUUAUGAUGGAUAGGUGGUUGAUAGAACUAUCGGAUACCGCACAACCAGAUCCUACAGUUAAGAUCGCGGACAUGAGAAUUCCUUACAAUGUUAUAAACAAUUAUUUUUCGAUUGGCGUGGACGCCGCUAUUUGCAACAAAUUCCACAUAGAGCGCCUGAAAAAUCCAGAUCGUUUCAAUAGUCGUAUGAAAAACAAACUAUGGUAUGUUGAGUUUGCUACAACGGAAACAUUGUUCGCGUCCUGUAAGAAUUUACACGAAGCUGUAGAGAUCGAGUGCGACGGAAUGAGCCUGGACCUAGCGAAUGGGCUUCCCCUUCAAGGUAUAACUUUCCUUAACAUCCCAUACACCCAUGGGGGAUCGAAUCUCUGGGGUGAACACUUAUCAGGCUCGAGAAGAAGGAAAAAGAAGAAGCCAGAAAAAGAAAUUAGUACGAGUAGCUUUAAUUCGGUAGACCUCAGUGUGGCUGUGCAAGAUAUUGGCGAUGGUCUGAUAGAGGUAAUCGGUCUAGAUAAUUGCUUACACAUGGGCCAAGUAAGGAUAGGAAUAACAGCUAGCGGUAGACGGUUGGCACAAUGUUCAUCCGUCACAAUAAAAACCAAAAAGACAUUUCCAAUGCAGAUUGACGGAGAACCUUGGAUGCAGCCUCCCACGACGAUACGUAUCACUCAUCAAAAUCAGGUGCCAAUGAUGAUGGCACCUCCGCCCGACAAAAAGAAGGGAUUCUUUCGUUUCUUUCGUCGGUAGGCACUUUCAAAUAUUUAGUGCUUAAAGUGAUAUUAAAUUUUGCGUCUAUAGUGGUUUAUUUAUUUUCUUAGUUUAGAGAAGACAAUAAAAUUUUUAUUUCAUAUAAUUGUUGAGAUCUUUAAUUGGAUACGUCACAGUUAACAAAUACUGUGUUCGUAUAUUAGUUGAAAAUAUUAAUGGAUCCUGCUAUUAACAAACUUUUUACGGACACCAAAUAUAUUUAAAACAAAAUAAAAUUCGUUGCGACUUGUUCUUUAAGUAAGUUUUCGCAAACCUUUGGCACUUUUUUGUGAAACGAAGGAUGACGUUUACAAAAUUUUCAUGACUUGCUUAGUUUUUAAGAUACAGGGCGAUUUUGGAAAUUUGAAGUUUUGGGACACCUCACGUAUCUCUGGUAUCCUAUCAAAUGUCGGGAAGAUGAAAAGCGCAUCCCUUAAAAAUUUUUGCGUAGAAUUCCGAGACGUAGUCAGUUUUUUUUUCCAAAUAGUUUCAUCUUUUUGGAAAAAAAAUAAAGUUUUUUUUUUUUAAUGGAACACCCUAUAUCUUAUAGGACAAUUUGCUUCCGUUUCUCAAAAACGUAUAACAGGAGUAUAAACGACCUCACAAAAAUGAAUUUUUUAAAUUUUCAUGAAGGUAUUUGCGGUAGGCCUUGGAAAAAGGAUUCAUUAAAUACCUAAAAAUUAUUAAUUAUUAAAUAUUAUUAUUUUUAAAUAUCUAAAUAAAUAUUAUUAAAUAUCUAAAAAAAAUACAAAUGUUAAUUUUAAACUUCAUCCAAAUUAUAAUAGUUAUUGUGUAAGUAUUGUCAAAAAUAAAUAAAAUAACAAGAUAACAAACCUGCAAGUUUCCAAAAUUACCUUGUAUAAAAAAUAAGCAAGUCAUGAAAAUUUUGUUAACGUCAUCUUUCAUUUCACAAAAAGUUCCUAUCUUCACUACGGACAUACUCCUCAAUCGCGCCUACAAUGGGACACAGUGUCAAAUCAAUUUCGCUAUCGUCUUCCAAAAAAUAAAAACUUUUCUUGGACAUUUUUUUAAGUAAUCCGUAUUUUCCGUACCUUUGUUUUCCAUCUCGUAGUUUUAUUAAAUUAGCAAACUGAAUUAGAAUAUCUCGCAGCCGUUUCAACGAAACCUUCUAUUCCGAUUCAAAUUUACCCUGUAUAAUAAACUUAAAAUUAUGUAGGCGAUAACCGCAACAUAUACUUUUGAGUUUUAAAAUGUACAAUUUGCGUAGGACCGGCACUUUAUUUCGUUCAAUUUUGAAGAUCUCAACAAAAGAAGUAUUAUUAUAAGUAAACUGGUAAACUGGACAGUAUUGCUUAAUGUAGAAGUAACAAAUAAAAUAAAUAGUUUUAUUUAUAUUCAUUAUUAGUGCGCCAUUGUUUCUAGAGUUCCAUUGUUUAGCAAUUAAUUCUCAAGAUAGUUAUACAAGGUGUUUCUAAAAUGCGUCACAAAUGUUCAUUUAAUGUUUGUCUUUUUGAAUGUACAACUGAUCCCCAACUUAAAAUCGACGUAUUAUUUAAUAUAUUUUUUAAUUUUAAUAUUUGCUAAACUAGGUAAUUCCAAGCAAGUGAAGGUUAAAAAGUGUCCUAAAAAUAUAGUACAACUUUGUAAAAAUAGGUUCAUAAAUCUGAGAAAAUGAUCCUAUUUAAUUUAUUUUUGCAAAUCAAUACAAUAAAAAUAUAAUAUACAGGGUGAAUUAACAAAGAGCGGGCGCAUGAUUGUUUUCGAGGUUAUUUCCAAAAAAAAGUUUAUGGAUGAUAGCUUGUUUCUUGACAUUUUAUUUUUUUUAUGUAAGAUGAUCUCAAAAAUUCGCAGCGCAUCAGGGACUGUAGAAUUUCAAGCUGCUAAAAAGGCGACUGAAAUUAAAAACACUUCUUCGUUUUCCAGAUAAUGCUUCUACAAAUCUGAAAGCGAUAUUAAAAACAAUAAUAGGAGAGUCAUUUUCGGAACACACUGUAAAACGUAAAUCAGAUGCAUUAAGCGGAGUGGUCACAAAACUAAAGGCUUUUUGCAAUAACUUUAUUAUCUUCUUAAUUUAUGUAAAUAAAUCUACUGACUACCAAAGUUAACACCGAAAUUAUAUUUAUAUUUAUAUAUAUUUUCCGUAGUAGGUUCGAAAUAUUUAAAUGCUGCGAUGUUUUUGCUUAAAAGUUCAAUAAAUUAAAGAAAAGUAAACGCAAUCUUUUAGUUUUUUGACCACGACCUCUAAUCUAGUCAAAAUCUAGGGACCAUACUGCUUAACGUAUUCCUCCCAAACAAGUGUACCUAUGCAAUUAGUUGAUAAUGGAAACAUAUUUAUUUAAAUAAUUUUCAGGCGAGUUGGCGUGCUUUGGCGAUAUAGUAAAUAUUUAGAAUAUCUUUUUCAGGGUCUUUGUAUGUAAAAUUAAUCAUAAAAUUACUCCCAUAACUAACUUUUUACAAUUUUAUUAUUUAUUUAUUUUAUUAAGCGCCAACAAAUCGGAUAGACAUACAAUACAAAACUUUGAUAAAUAAAUAUACCUUUUUUUUAUUAGCGCUUCAUAAGGAUUCUACUAUAUUAUUUCUGUGAAAUUUUUUGAUAAUUAUUAUUAACAAAGUUAAUAAAACAAAUUAUUCGUCUAUUUUAACCCUUCAACUUGAUUUAAGUUAGGUAAGUGACCUAGACUAGACCUAAAGUAAAAGAAAGUUCCCCUAAACAGAGUGCAAAUAUAUCUCAAACGUUCUUCAUAUAUUUUUUAAAUAGUCUCUUUUUAUCAGUAUUUCUGACUUAUAUACUUAAACCGUCCAAGUCUCUAAACCAAACGUUACCCAUGAUAAGAACUGGUUGAUUAGAUUUUGUUGAAUCAUUAUGUAAAAGUAGGCCCAAUAUUAAAAUUGGAUUUAAUGUUAUUUUACGAGAAACAAAUUGGGAGCUGAAUGCAUCCAGACAUUCACUUUUCUUAAGACUGUAACUUAAUGGGCCAUUUUUUAAAAAUAAUUGUUUCCUUUGUCUUAUCAUGUAAAAGAUAUACUUUUACUACGUUUGGUGAAUUUUUAUUUAAGAACUUAAUUAAUGGUUUAGUUUGCUUGACGAGCCGAGACAAUUAUACCAGGUUUAGCACUUUUUUUUUAGCGAGUAUCAGUAAGUAUUUAAAAAGUUAACAUCUCUCUUAAAAUAACUUUUUCAUUUUAGUCACAUUUCUCUUAACCUUAUUGCAUAUCAAGAUGAAUUGGCAUAAAUACAUGUGACCACCACAAAAUCAACCAAAUCAACGUUAAGGGGUCACAUGAAUUCCAUAAACCACAACAGUUGGCAGUAUAAAACAUCCGUGAUUUUUGUCUAUAAACAUAUCACUUCAAAAAAAAAUACAACCUCUUGCCCUUAUUCGUGUUUCACCUUUUAAAAACAAGACUCCUUCAGAUCAUUUUAAUAUUUAACUAUUCUUGCCUCUUCGAUUGCCAAUUGCCAAAUUUUCGCCUCACAUUUAGGAAAAGGCAAGUUUACACCAUUGUUGCCGAAACUAUUUUUCUAAUACAAUAUCUAAAGGGACGCCAUGGACUAAACAAAACAUAAUAUAUCGGACACCUGCCCUUCACGAUUAUUUUUAAUUUUUGAUUUUCCCGCUACAUUAAUGUAGUUUUUCUUUGUUAAAAGUUGUACAAAUUUGGCAGCAUUUUAUUGAAAAUACAAUUCAAGAAGUCGAUCGUGUAGUGACACAAUACCUAGGACGUGAACGACCAGCCAUUCAGAAACUAGGUAACAAAAAACGAAAACCGAUAUAAAUAGUGUGUGAAAUAAUAAAGUGUAAAUGGCUGUAAACCCUAUUAAACACUAUCUUUUAACCGACAUCUUAAAUUGAUAUCCAAACUUCCAUGGCAUUGUAGUGUCAGGCACUUAAUUCAAUUAAAAAAUCACUUCCAGAAAAACUUGCCUUUUCAACAUUAGCUUGAACAAAAUACUACGAAGCAACAGAUUUUCCCGCACAAAGUCCGCUUUAAUGUAUCUUGUGGGCUUGGCAUUUAAUUAUAAGUGAAAUUUUUUCAGUUUUCCAAAGCACGUGCCGUCGUAAAACGCCAUGUGCGUUACUGUAUAAACUAUGUUUAUAUAUAACAUUCUAGACUCUUUGAGGUAUUGUUGAGGUUGAUUGUUUUUACCCAUAAUUGUGUCCCUGCAGUUACGAGUUCUGUAAUAGAUACGUAUUUAGUGAAAUGUCAUUUUUGUAGGAAACUCAGAGAUACAACCAACAAAUGUUAAACUAAAAAAUAAUUGUAGCUGCUCGCUAUAUAGAUUCAGAAUUUUAAUUGGAAAUCGUCUCGGGCACGCAUAUGGGUUAAAGAGAAAAUUUUAAGUGCUACUUGAAAUUUAUUAAAUUGAUUUCGGUGUUGGUGUGGUGUGGAGGCCGCCGCUAUAACCUAACAGUGGUGAUUCAGUUGUAACCAAUAUCUCAGGAAGUAUGCGUUGUCGUAAGUAAGAAUUAAAAAAUUUAACCAAGAGAAUUUUUUUAUUUGUCCAAUUGUCAAGUAAAUUGUUUUUUUAAUAAAUUUGGAGUAAAUAAUUCAGCAUGAGGUUUGACAUUAUUUUUGAAGAUAUGAUCGAUAUUCUGGUGAAAAAUAAAAAACCCAUGUAGUUCUUGGAUUAUUGCUUUUAUUAUUUAAAACAUAAGAACUAGUAUAUGCUACUUGUGCUACCUGAUAUAUGCUACCUACUCUAUUUCUCUUAUGACUCGCAGUAACAUUGUAUGUAUUGAGCAGUGGCCAAUAUAAUAGAAUUGUAAUAUCUCUGAGUUAUUCAGACAAUAGCUUGACAAAAUCGCAUUUGCGUAUUUUUUUAAUUAAAAAAUUUUUUUUUGGAAUAUUUAUUUUUUAAAUAACACCCUUUAUUUGCGUUUAGUAAACAGAUAGGGAAUUGGUUAUUAUCAGGACGAAUGUAGACCAAAUUAUUUUGUUCUUAUAACUUAUGGACGAAACCAUAUUUAGAUUACUUUUUCGUAACGUCCAUUCUUCUGUAAUCAUCGUAACUCAUUUUGAAACAAAAAAACGCUUAUUUCUACUAUCAGUGUGAUUAGUGGUUAAUGUAGAAAAAUGUUUACGUUAAUGUUAAAAUAAUUUUACAAUAUAUCAAAUUAGAACUGCCACUAUAAUUCAAAAAUAAUGUGGAAAAGUUUAUUGCUGUUAAAGCUUUAACUGUAAAAUAAACCUUAUGUAUAAUUCGGAGUCAGUAUUUUAAGAAAUGUUUAUGUCUCUUUCCUGUAUAUUAAAAACAUUUAAAUAAGUGAGAGCUUUAAUUGUAUCCGCUGCUUAACCCCAGCGUUGUUUCUGUUAACGACAGUACAAUUCUAGUUUUUCCACAACUUUGUUAGCUUUCCAAAAAUAUUUAGAGGUACGCGUUUGCGCUUCCGUUUGGAAAGAUCUCAAAAAUUGUGAAAGUCUUCCGUUCUUCAUUCUGUACAAACUGUUGAUGCUAGAUUUUACUUCUUUCGGCUAUUUUACAUACUGUAAAAUCUGAACUGUACAAAAUAAACCGCUCCAAAGCAUUUUUUUGUGAUUUUUAUGCUCCUCGCGCACCCGAUACGCUAUUAAAAAUAACUAGAACUUGCGUAUAACCUUACGGAAAACUACACUCCGAGAAUAACAACAAAUUUCACAAAUGUCAUGUGAACAAUGGUCAUAAGUUUUUAAAAAAAUAGCUAAAACAAACAAAUCAAGGAAAAAGAGCAGUAUUACACUUGGCGAUAUUUUACUUUCUUCCUACUUUUUUGAAGGGUAAAAUUCAGUUGAUCGCAUGCGGGUAUCCAAUAUGGCUAUUAUAUAAUAUAGUGACCCUAGUACGGUAAACCUUGAUGUGCCUCGAGCCAAUACCUCCUACAUCACAAGGCCGUGAAACGCUAAAGUGUGAGUCAUCACAUUAGGGAUAUAACUGGUUCAUAAUAU